CGGGCCGUGCGCGCACGCAAACGCAUCGUGUUGUUAUUAUUGAGGAAAAAAAGGUGCGCACAGGAAACCCGCAGUCUCCAAUGCUUCAGCUAUCUGUCACUACGCGCAGAUCCAAGAGAAACGGCACCUGCUAACCGAGACCACCAGGAUAUAACACGCAAAUGGACGGGACGUGCGCUGGAAAAUGAGUUGUGGGGAAAACAUGCAUGCUGAAAACAUUUAAGCGUCCUUUGCGUUGAGAGCACUCUGUUUUGACCCAGAACGCACGGUCAUGCCUGACACCUGACAAAUCCUGCGUGCAUUUGCAACUUUCCGAAGUUUCCCCCGAUAUCCUCGGCUGGAUUCACCUUACGUCCUUCUUCGAUUCUUUCAGUUGUUCUGUGUUGUAAGAAAGACGAGACGGCGACUUCAGUUGAUUAUCUGUCUUUUCUCGGUUAUCCGAUGGAUAUUCACUGUAAGGCAGACCCCUUCUCCGCCAUGCACCGGCACGGGGGAGUGAACCAGCUGGGCGGGGUGUUCGUCAACGGGAGGCCUUUACCUGACGUCGUGCGCCAGAGAAUCGUGGAGCUCGCGCAUCAGGGGGUCCGACCCUGCGACAUAUCCCGACAGCUGAGGGUCAGUCACGGCUGCGUCAGCAAGAUCCUGGGCAGAUACUACGAGACUGGCAGCAUAAAACCUGGAGUCAUCGGAGGAUCCAAGCCUAAAGUGGCCACGCCGAAAGUGGUGGAUAAAAUAGCGGACUACAAAAGACAAAAUCCCACCAUGUUCGCCUGGGAGAUCCGGGACAGGCUGCUGGCGGAGGGCAUCUGUGAUAACGACACCGUCCCCAGUGUCUCCUCCAUAAACAGGAUCAUCCGGACCAAGGUUCAGCAACCGUUUCACCCUUCACCAGACGGGACGUCCCUCUCCACCCCAGGACACACUAUAAUUCCCAGUACAGCGUCUCCUCCAGUCUCCAGCUCCUCCAAUGACCCCGUGGGCUCCUAUUCAAUCAACGGCAUUCUGGGAAUCCCUCGGUCUAACGGAGAAAAGAGGAAACGAGAUGCCGACGGGUCGGAGGGUUCUGCGCAGAGCAGUGAUUCUCAGGGCAGUGUGGAGAGUCUGAGGAAACACCUGCGGGCCGAUGCCUUCACACAGCAGCAGCUGGAGGCCCUGGACCGAGUGUUCGAGAGACCCGUCUUUCCUGACGUCUUCCCUACAUCUGAACACAUCAAACCAGAGCAGGCGAGUGAAUACAGUCUCCCUGCAUUAAACACAGGCCUGGAUGAAGUCAAACCCAGUUUAUCGUCCAGCGCGGCCUCUGACCUCGGCGCCAGUGUGUCACAGAGCUACCCUGUAGGGCGAGAUAUGGCCAACACAACCUUACCUGGAUAUCCACCUCACGUCCCUCCGACAGGGCAGGGCAGCUAUGCCACAUCCACACUGGCUGGAAUGGUUCCUGGGAGCGAAUUUUCAGGGAAUCCCUACAGCCAUCCACAGUACACCACCUACAAUGAAGCCUGGAGAUUCAGCAACCCAGCAAUACUGAGUUCCCCCUAUUAUUAUAGUGCAUCCAGAGGCUCCGCCCCCCCAACUGCUGCCACUGCCUAUGACCGCCACUAGUUACCAUGCCAACCAAAUGACCAGACACGCCCACCAACUCGGACUUCAUAUUCUGCCAGUGUGAGCAGAGCAGCUGAUUGGACACAUGUGGUCACAUGAUGAAGAACAGACCAAUCGGGAACAGAAACAACUUCCGACGACAAUUCGGCCAAUCACGCGAGCUUCCACACUUGAGGAGGAAAACUGAUAAAUGAACUAUACAUGUAUAUCUAUGGUAAAUAUGGUUUUUAAAACAAUCUAUGGGAUAAACAUCUGCUUUUAUAAUACUUUUGUAUUUUGUUUUCGCAUUCAUUUUGAUGGGUAUUCAUAUUUAAAGUGGUGCUGGUGUUCGGAUAUACACUGAAAUGAAGCUUUGGGCAUUUUCAUAACCAUAACGUGUGUUUAUACUGUAAAAUAAAUGCAUUUACAGCAUCUGAAGUGUAAAUGCUACUAUAAAUGUGUCAUAAAUAGAGAAACCCACCUAUUCUGUUAAAUUUAUUAGUUAAAUGUUUAACGCAAUGAUCAAGUUACCGUAUUUGACUAAAAGAUUUGGUCAAAACAAUUCAGCAUUUUUUUAUUAGCACAGUUUUUCAAAGUAAGAACAUUUACAGAUGCUGUAAAAGUGUUAAUAUGUCUUUCAGUCUCUUUCCAAAUACAUUCAUUUGGCCACUUUAUUAAUAAAUAUCUACACAAAUAAUGGGCUAGACACUGAAAUGAACAAUAUCAAGCUUUGGGCAUGUUCGUGAAUAUAAAGUGUGUUUACAGUCAAAUCUGUUUUAAGGGUAAAUGCUAUGAACACUCAAAUAUGGACAAACCCAACUGAUGGGUUAUAUUUGUAAGUUAAUUUGUGACCCUGGAGCACGAAACCAGUCUAACAUUUCACAGGUAUAAAUUUGGUAAUAAGGAAAAAUACUUUAGAUGGGUCAAAAUAAUUGAUUUUUUAAUGCCAAAAAUCAUCAUGAUAUAAUGUAAAGAUCAUGUACCAUGACUAUUAGAAUAUUAUUUGCAAAUUUCCUACUCUAAAUAUAUUAAUUUAAAUAUAU